CCCGAGGGGCACAGCGCGACGUUGAGGUGGUGGCGGCGGCCUUGAACGAGUGAGAUUUUGGGGUCCCCUCCACUGGGCCGGAGGCCGGGGGCCCGCGGGGACCUCCGAGAGCCCGAGGGGGCGUCGGCGAGGCGCGAUCGGCGCCAUGGCCGAGCCCCUGAAGGAGGAAGACGGCGAGGACGGCUCUGGGGAGCCCCCCGGGCCAGUGAAGGCGGAGCCCGCCGGCACCGCUGCCUCCGUAGCGGCCAAGAACCUGGCCCUGCUGAAAGCGCGCUCCUUGGACGUGACCUUUGACGUGGGGGACGAGUACGAGAUCAUCGAGACCAUCGGCAACGGCGCCUACGGGGUGGUGUCCUCCGCACGCCGCCGCCUGACCGGCCAGCAGGUGGCCAUUAAGAAGAUCCCCAAUGCGUUUGAUGUGGUGACUAAUGCCAAGCGGACCCUCAGGGAGCUGAAGAUCCUCAAGCACUUCAAGCACGACAACAUCAUCGCCAUCAAGGACAUCCUGAGGCCCACCGUGCCCUACGGCGAGUUCACGUCUGUUUACGUGGUCCUGGACCUGAUGGAGAGCGACCUGCACCAGAUCAUCCACUCUUCGCAGCCGCUCACGCUGGAGCACGUGCGCUACUUCCUGUACCAGCUGCUACGGGGCCUCAAGUACAUGCACUCAGCUCAGGUCAUCCACCGCGACCUCAAGCCCUCUAACUUGCUGGUGAAUGAGAACUGUGAGCUCAAGAUCGGAGACUUCGGCAUGGCACGGGGCCUGUGCACAUCGCCUGCUGAGCAUCAGUACUUCAUGACCGAAUACGUGGCCACACGCUGGUACCGUGCCCCGGAGCUCAUGCUGUCGCUGCAUGAGUACACGCAAGCUAUUGACCUGUGGUCCGUGGGCUGCAUCUUUGGCGAGAUGCUGGCCAGGCGCCAGCUCUUCCCAGGCAAAAACUAUGUGCACCAGCUGCAGCUGAUCAUGACGGUGUUGGGUACCCCAUCGCCAGCUGUGAUUCAGGCUGUAGGGGCUGAAAGGGUACGGGCAUAUAUCCAGAGUCUGCCGCCACGCCAGCCUGUGCCCUGGGAGACAGUGUACCCAGGUGCUGACCGCCAGGCCCUCUCACUGCUGGGGCGAAUGCUGCGUUUUGAGCCCAGUGCCCGCAUGUCAGCAGCUGCUGCCCUUCGCCACCCCUUCCUGGCCAAGUACCAUGACCCUGAUGAUGAGCCUGACUGUGCCCCACCCUUUGACUUUGCCUUUGACCGGGAAGCCCUCACCCGGGAGCGGAUUAAGGAGGCCAUUGUGGCCGAGAUUGAGGACUUCCACGCCAGGCGCGAGGGCAUCCGCCAGCAGAUACGCUUCCAGCCUUCUCUGCAGCCUGUGGCCAGUGAGCCCAGCUGCCCCGACAUUGAGAUGCCCAGUUCCUGGGCUCCCAGUGGGGACUGUGCCAUGGAGUCACCUCCACCAGCUCCACUGCCAUGCCCUUGCCCUGCACCUGACACCAUUGAUAUGACCCUGCAGCCACCCCCCGCGUUGGCCAGUGAACCAGCCCCUCCAAAGAGGGAGGGCGCCAUCUCCGACAACACCAAGGCAGCCCUCAAAGCUGCCCUGCUCAAGUCCUUGCGGAGCCGGCUCAGAGGUGCCUUCCAGAAGCAGCUGCUGACUGGGGAAUGGGGUGGCAGGAGAGGGACUCUGGGCUUGUACAGGGCCACAGGCUCUUACCUUCCCCUGUUCAACUUCCCUGCAGACGGGCCCAGUGCCCCCCUAGAAGCGCCGGAGCCUCGGAAGCCAGUGACAGCCCAGGAGCGCCAGCGUGAGCGGGAGGAAAAGCGGCGGCGGAGGCAGGAGCGAGCAAAGGAGCGGGAAAAGCGGCGGCAGGAGCGGGAGCGCAAGGAGCGAGGGACUGGGGCCUCUGGGGGCCCCUCCACCGAUCCCCUGGCUGGACUGGUGCUGAGUGACAAUGAUCGCAGCCUGCUGGAGCGCUGGACUCGGAUGGCCCAGCCCCCAGCCCCCACCCCUGCACCAGCCCCGGCCACAGUAACAACACCUCCGGCCCGGCCCACCAGCCCUGCUGGCUCGGUAGCCCAGCCCACGGGACCCCCACCACCUGCAGGCGCCACCUCUGGUCCUACACCACAGCCGGCCUGCCCAGCCGCUUGCCCUGCUCCCCACCCUGCUGGCCCUCCUAGGCCUGGCCCUGGCCCUGCUCCACUCCAGACCACCACCACCUCCAGCCUCCUGGCCCCCCAGUCGCUUGUGCCACCCCCUGGGAUGCCUGGUUCCAGCACCCUGGGUGUUCUGCCUUACUUCCCACCUGGCCCAGCCCCUCCAGACCCCAGGGGGACCCCUCAACCCUCCACCUCAGAGUCACCCGAUGUCAACCUGGUGACCCAGCAGCUGUCCAAGUCUCAGGUGGAGGACCCUCUGCCCCCCGCGUUCUCGGGCACGCCAAAGGGCAGUGGGGCCGGUUAUGGCGUUGGCUUUGACCUGGAAGAAUUCCUCAACCAGUCUUUCGAUAUGGGCGUGGCGGAUGGGCCACAGGAUGGCCAGACAGACUCGGCCUCGCUCUCAGCAUCCCUGCUGGCUGACUGGCUCGAGGGCCACGGCAUGAACCCUUCUGACAUCGAGUCUCUGCAGCGUGAGAUCCAGAUGGAUUCCCCGAUGCUGCUGGCUGACCUGCCUGACCUCCAGGAGCCCUGAGGCCCACAGCGUGUGCCUGGGUGCCAGGGAGACCCAGGCCCCAGGCCCGGCUGGGGAAGCUUGGCUUGGGAUUAUCCUGAGGUUCCUCUGAGACCCACCCCACAGCCUUAAGCAGCCACCUGAGCCACCAUGAGCCACGACAGGAUCAGGAAACCCCUCUUCCCCGGGCGAGCCUUCUCAGUAUUCUAUUUUUAUUAUGUAAUUUUAUUAGUCGUUCUCUUUGCCAUAAAAAUGAGGCCUGUGAAAUAGAA